UAAAACAGCUCAAUUCAUUUGCGUUCUAUUCACAAAUUGCAAAAUGUUCAUUAUAUACUUGGUGCUGACGGCAGCAUUAGGCCUGCCUUUUCUCGAUGCAGCUUUACGGGUGCGAUCGACUAUUGAUAUUGGAAUACCUAAAUACCUGAAUUUUUCAACAAGCCCAUUCGUAAGGAUCGGUGAUGGUUAUUAUUUUUUUGAUACUAAGGUGAAAAAGAAUUGGUUUGAUGCCGCCCAGUCUUGUCAUCGAAAGAACGCCCAUCUAGUAGCAUUUGAGACGGUUCACGAGUGGGACUUGGUCAACCGGUAUAUCUUUAAAAAAAAAAUAGAAAACCAAUACUGGACCGAUGGUACGAGUUUGGCCAAUAAGGGAAAGCAUUAUUGGUUCUCAAUAGGCGACCCAAUAACGGCGAAUAUUUGGUAUCCAGGGGAGCCAAAUUUUCUAAACGGAAAUGAGUAUUGUGAUGAGAUGGGCUACCGGCGCACUGCAACCAGUUACUUAGUAUUGAACGACAGAGCAUGUGAUAAUUUGGUUAACUACAUUUGUGAAAAAGAUUAUCCAAAGACAGCCUCUGUCGUUGUAUGGUAAUAAACACAUUUUUAAAAUAAAA